AUGCCUAAGCUGUGUGGACUUCAAUUUCUUCUCAUUCAGUCGGCCAUGUGGCUUAGUCUGGAGGGCCUGAGUGUAACUGGGCCUCUGAAGGACAUCGACUUCUCUGUUCAGGAAGGAGGGGGUCCACGCAUCCUUUACCAGUUCAAACUCGAGCCACCUGCUGUGAGUUUCAGAACAUCUGGUGAAAAAGCUGGAAUUAUUGACAUUGAGCCGAGGACAGGCAUCCUGUAUAUCAAUGGAUCUCUGAACUGGGAGACUAAAAAAGUGCACAAGCUUCAGGUGGAAAGUCUGGAUGAGAGUGGAAAGAGAGUUAAAGGCCCAUGUGAUGUUACAAUAUAUGUGGAGGAUAUCAAUGACAACCCCCCAGAAUUUAACCAGACAAAGUACUAUGGAGUAGUGAGGCAGAACUCUCGUCCAGGCAAGCCCUUCAUGUAUGUCCACGCCACUGACCGUGAUGAUCCUGCAACUCUCCAUGCACAGCUGUCAUACAGCAUUCUCCAUCAUUUUCCCAACCCUUAUGCAGAAAUGCUUUUCCAGAUUGAUAAUGCAACUGGAGCAAUCUCACCAAGCAGGACAGGCUCUUAUUACUUGGAUCCUCAAAAGCAGGACACCUUCAUACUUGUUGUCUACGUGAAGGACAUGGCAGGGACGACAGCAAAUGCUUUCGCCAGCAGUGUUGAUGUGAUCAUCACUGUGAAGGAGAGCCUGUGGAAAGCUCCCUCCACCAUCCGCAUCAAAGAAAACUCAACCCAGGUCCACCCUGUCAACAUCAGCAAGGUGCAGUCAAAUGAACCAGGUGUAAUUUAUGGCAUUUUUGAAAAAGAAAAGCUGCCAAGGCUCCCAUUUUCCAUCAGUGAGAAUGGGGAUAUUUAUGUGACCCAACCAUUGGACAGGGAAGAAAAGGAUACUUAUACAUUCUAUGUGGUGUCAAAAGAUAACACAGGAGAACUGGUGGACAAGCCUUUGCAAAUUCACGUUAUUGUGGAAGACAUCAAUGACAAUCCCCCUGUGUGUCAGCAGGACCUCACCAUAAUUGAAGUUCAAGAAAAUGAAAAGGGAGGGAGUAAUAUUGGCACUGUGUUUGCUACGGACAUGGAUGAGAAGGACAGCCUUAACUCUCGUCUGCAUUUCCUAAUCCAAAGUCAGGAACCUGAAUUCCCCUCAAAGAAUCUCUUCUAUAUUCAGCAAGACACCGGGACUUUGCAAUUAUUUGGCCCUUCUUUAAGCAAACGUGAAUCAGCCAAGUAUUUCUUGAAGGUCCUGGUGACAGAUCCACAAUUCGAAACAAUCUGUAAUGUGGAAGUACAUGUAAUUGACAUCAAUGAUCAAAUUCCCAUCUUUAUAAAUUCAGAUUAUGGCACUGUGACUCUGGCAGAAGAUACCCCAAUAGGAAGUGUGAUAUCAGAAAUUGAAGCAACUGAUGGAGAUGAGCCUGCCACAGGGAGCUCCCUCAUCAUUUACCAAGUGAAGGAAGGUGAUCCAAACAACACGUUCACCAUAGAGACAGACUCUGAAACAAACCGAGGGUUCAUCAGGAUUAAUAAGGCUCUUGAUUUUGAAACAAGGCCUCUGUACAACCUGGUGAUCAAUGCCACAAACCCCGAGCCACUGGUGGAAGGCGUGGAGUACAACGCGAGCUCUCUCACCAUGUUAAAACUUGCUGUGACAAAUGUGGAUGAGCCUCCUGCUUUCCGGAAGCCAUUUUACAAAGCAGAGGUGUCUGAAGACAUUCCUGUCAAUACCUUGGUCAUGACGGUGGAGGCCUAUGAUCCUGAAGGGGAUUCUGUACGAUACUCCUUGGAAGGUGACGUGAGGAAAUGGCUGAGAAUUGAUUCAGCCACUGGGCAGGUAUACACUGCUUCCCCUUUGGAUCGAGAAACUGAAGAAAUAUACUCAGUAGAAGUUGUUGUAUCAGAGCUAAAUAAUGCAGCUCAGAAAUCCAAAGUGUUCUUGACUCUACACUUACAUGAUGUGAAUGACAACUACCCACAAAUAGCUACAGAUUAUCCUACUUUCUUCUGCUACCCAGUCAGUGGAGGAGAGAGAACUCUCAUUCAAGCUACUGAUGCUGAUGAACAAUUAUUUUAUUCAAAAUUUACCUUUUCCCUUGCGGAUGAAAUGAAUGCAAGAAAUAAUUGGGAAGUCUCAAAAUUCAAUGCUACUCAUGCUUUCCUGUCCCCAAAACAUGCUAACUUUGAAGAGAAGGUGUAUGAUGUUCCAAUAAUACUUAAUGACAAUGGAAAACCGCCUUUGGAAAACAAAGUGAAUCUUAAAGUAAGUAUCUGCAAGUGUUCCAGUGAAAAUUCAUGUUUUAUCGAAAUAGACCGUGAGCACUCCUGGCCAACCGCUGGACAGGCAAUUGGGAUUCUGCUUGCAGUCCUGAUCAUCAUUGGUGCCAUUUUAGCGGGUGUGUUUUGCCACAUGAGAUACAAAGAGAAAAAUGAAAAGAGCCAUCCCAAAGAUGCAAAAGAUAAUGCUGAACUCAACAGACUGACUUAA